AAAUUACUUGAGUUGCCAAAACAAGAAUUUCCCAAGCUGCCUGAGAUUUCAAAGUCAGAGGUGCUUGAGCUACCAAAACUUGAAGUGCUUGAGAGGGAUUACAUUGAUCUUCUUCACUGCAUCUGCUAUUCAUCGGGAACUCAGUUAAAAAAAAGGGGGUCUGCCAGGCCUAGUAAAUGGGCUGCAAAAUUGGUUCAUUAUUUUUACACUCCACAGUCCACUCUCCCCCAACCAAAAAAUAAUAAUAAUAAAUCUGGCAUUGCCCAAUAGGCCCAAAUCCACCUACAUGGGCUAACAAGCCCAAAAACUCUUUUAGAAUUAAGCUGUAGCCUUCCUUAUCUGCUUUCUCUUCGUUUAUCUCUGCCCUCAAUUUACUCACUCUUGGCUUCAACGGCGGACAUGGCAGUUCCGAUCUCUUCCCUUACAAAAUCCCCACUUUGUCACCAUCAUUUCUCCCAAUCCCCUCAUGUGUCCUUGCCACGCAGCCUCAGACCUCUCCCCAAAGGACUCGGCAAUGCAACUUUAACCGCCAAAGCCCAGAGUUUUGGUUUCUUCGAAGGCGGCGGGUUAGGAUCGGACGAUGACCCGCCUUCUCCUUCGCCUUCACAGACUGGGGACGGGCCGGGCUUAGCUGCCUUAGAAGAUAAAGAGGAGCCCCAGUGCCCUCCUGGACUGCGACAGUACGAGACUAUGGCGGUUUUGAGACCCAACAUGUCAGAAGACCAAAGACUCGCCCUUACACAAAAGUAGGAGGAGGUGCUUGUAGCUGGGGGUGGCAUGUAUGUGGAGGUACUCAACAGAGGAGUUAUCCCUCUAUCCUAUAGCAUCAAGAAGAAAAAUAAAGAAGGAGAAUGUAACACUUACUUGGAUGGCAUUUACCUCCUCUUCACCUACUUCACAAAACCCGAGUCAAUGGCAGUACUUGAGGAAACACUAAAAGCAGAUGAUGAUGUUAUCCGAUCAUCCAGCUUCAAGGUUAGGAAGAGGAAGUAUUAGUUUAGCCUCCCCUGUUCCCGUAAGGAUGAUGGGUAGCAAAGUAAGAGUUCCUUUUACUUUCUCAUUUCAUAUGUUAUGUAUACUUUUUCAUCCUUAAAAAUACUCUGUAACAUGCCUUGAUCAUCAAUUGCAAUAGAGAGUAAAGGCUGUU